GUGGCUGGUUUGCUGGCUAUUCGGAGCGUUGUCUUUUGCGUUUUGCACCAUUGCUGCGUGGCAGAUAUACGGAACUGACAUCCCGCCCUUCUUGAUCGCCUUGAACACGUCUUACCAAAAGUACCUGGACACAAUGAAUAAAUUCUACAGGCUCCCUUUCUACCACGGCGUGUGCUACUUCUCCGGCUGUAUGACAUUCCUGGCAGUGCAGAAGUACGGCGCUAGGAGAUUACCGAAGGUCUUUCAGGCAGUCUGCUGGUGCAUAGCGCUAUUCUGCGGCCUCUUCUGCCUCUUCGUGAAGCACCUGUGGUACCGAAGUGACGGCCGAGCCAGCGAACCAAUUCGAAUGGCGUACGCAUUCACCGACCGAAUCCUGUGGUCCGUGUGUGUCUCCUGGUUCGUGUUUGCCUGUGCCACCUGCAGAGCGGGUCCGAUAAGCCGCUUCCUCUCGUGGGAAGGCCUGCUACCUCUGAGCCGACUCUCGUUCGGCGUGUACCUGCUUCACUUGCCCAUACAGACACUGUCUUACUACAUCGCUAGGGAGCGAACCUUUUUUUCGCACUACACGAUGGUGUCGGCAUGCUUCGCUGUGCUCAUCUGGAGCUACAUCCUAAGUUACCUGAUGUUCAUCGCGUGCGAAGGUCCCACUGCCAACUUGGACGCGUUGCUCUUCGUGCGCCAAAGACGCACGCGGAGUGAGUGCAAGGGCUCACGCAUGAAUGGAAACCGAGUGGAAGAUAGGAAAUUGCAAAUGUGUUUCGAGAACCAAGUUGCAUACUCUCCGACCACGGACUCCACGUCCGUAGCAAAUGGGUAUCGGCUGUAACGACCAUUUCAUGAGGAGCCACCACUAGUACAACCAUGUUAUCGUAAUUAAAAAUUAUUAAAUAUA